UUGACCGAGACAAGUAACAAGUUUCAAUUUAAUCGGAAGUUCAAUCGACAGAUUUUUUUAAACUGUUUGAAGGGAUUCAAUACUUGUCUUUCCAUGUCACCGAUGCCACGUUGGCUGAGCAAGGACGACAGACUCUGCAUUUCGUUUCAUCUAAGGGCUUAGUUUGCUAUGUCGGACCAGCAACGGAGUGAACUCGUUUCGCUGAGCGCCAACUCUUUUUCACUGAAAGAUUUCGUGGGAAAGUUUCCACUUCCACAAACAGUCACCUUUCAAGAAGGAUAUUUUGACGAAUACCAGAGUAAAACUAUCGGUGCUGGCACUGAGUGUAAUUUGUUAUCUUUAGAAAGUGUCGAAACGGCAAUAUUUGAAGAUAAAGAUGGCGAAGACAUUCACAUCCCGCUUCGGGAUCCAUUUGGCGUGGAGCGCGUCGCAGAGGCUACAUUUGAACAAAAUCUCACCCUUGCAGACCUGAUCCUAGAGAGUUCUAUGGUAAAGUUUGUUCGUGUCGUCGAGACUGAUCCAAACUUCGAAAGUAUCAUCAGGCAAGGGGACAAGCUGAGGAUAGAGAGGAAAAAUUCUCGUGAGACCUUUCUGGCCUUCAAAAUUGUCAGUGAUAAGGGAAAACCUCUAAUUAAAGUCCCUGCUAGUUGCCAAGCAAAAUUUCUACCACUUUGGAACGGCGAGGAGUUGCCUCUUAGCAAGUUUGUGAAGAAGUACAAGCUUCCUGUCUAUGUGGUGAUGAAUUUUAUCGACUAUAGUACGGACAGGAAUUUAAAUAAGGGAGAAGGAAACCCCAGAGAGAGGCCAACAACAAGAAUAGUUAAGAGCCUACGUCAUCUGUCCAAUAGCGUUCUUAAAUUAAAGGGAAUUUUAGCAGAUUCUAUUGUGCUAGCUUCAAUGGAGGUGGAUGGUAUACCUUCAAAGUUUUCAUUUCCCAAAACUCUACCAAUUAAUGUUGUGCCUUUGAGAAUGGAAUCUAAAACUGGGGCACCAGGUAACAAACUAGAUUUCAUAUCGAGCGAAAGGAACGAAACUGGAAAUUACGACAGUGAAUUGAUCGCAGUAGAGGAGAACGAGUACGAAGAUAUGUCUGGCCUCAGAGAUCCACAAGGAUCGUCUCAAUCAAAAAUGAGAGUUGGAUUUGAAAAUAACAAUAAAUGUGGUGAUGAAGCGAGGAAAAUCACGCAGUUAGCGGGGCUGGGUGCACGCCACAACACAUACUCCCCGGCGCCCUCCAAAAGAGUAAUUAGAAGCCAAAGCGAGAGGCUACCAAGAAAAGGAAACUGGACAUUUUCAAGAACUGUUAGCAAUUUGGAACUACCAAGCGAAGACAACCUUUAUGACGAGUUACAGUUUCGUACACUGCCUCAAAAAGUGAAAAAACGUCCGCCGUCAUUGACAAGAAGAGCAAGUGACUGGAACAUUGAGCGAGUAUCGAAACAGAAUUUAAAUAACCUAUUACACUUGCAGGCUCAAAGCGGGGAAGAUCAUGGCUUUCAAGGUCACGUCGAAGUGGUUUCGUUACAGAUUCCGAAACUUUCGCCUACCUAUAAGACAUGCCCAAGGAUGAAAACAUUUGGAAGGAAAACAGAAAGCAAUGAAACUGAAAGUAGCCCUUAUGACGUCCAAGAAUUAAAUUUUGACAGCCAUGCUAGCAAGUCAUUGAACAUGAAUCAUUUGCCAGCGAGGUUAACUUCAACGACUUCCAAAGCGCCCUUUUAUGAAUCCGAGGAGAUGGAGUAUGAUGCUCCUUCAAACCUAAACCUUUCAAAUCACUCAGAAGGAAAACGAGGAAGUGACGAUGCACUCCCAUCCCUUCCUUCUUCACAAAGAAGUUGUGGAGAUGGAUUUCAUCUCUCCUCUCGUGAUCCUCUUUUGAAAGAGAGAGAAGAUCCAAAAGGAAGACAUUACGUCCUUGACAACAAGAUCCCAUUCGUUGGCACCAGUCUAAAGAAAAUUAUUCCACCAGAACCUCCUGAAAAGGAUGACUUUUACGAAAAUGUAAAGAUGCAAACGAAAGCAGUUGUCGGUCCCACAAGAGGGCGUGAAGCAGUAACAAACAAAAAGGAGGUUGGCGUCGAGGUGUCAAAAGUCAAUGCAAGUAAAAUUGAUUCCAAAACCGAGCCCUUGGAGAGAAGGGACAAUUGCUCUAUUAGAAAAGAUGAACCAAAAUCAGCUACAGGUCCGACAGGUCUACUAGAACCAGAAAGUAUCGAAAAGGAGAAGGAAUCACCACCCAUUCCCCCACGGCUGAAGCACAUUAAAGAACCUCUGUACUCCUCAGUACUUAAGAAAGGAAAUCCAUCACAAGAUAAGAUCAGCGAUUUGCAUUCUGAUCCAUUACCCAGGGGAAGACCUCAACCUUCUCCUAGACGGCCUCGAGAUGGUAGCAACCUCUCUCCAACGGAUUCGAUGAAAGCUAAGAGCACUUCAGGCGUCCAUUCUGAUUCAGUAACACCUUCACUUGAAAAGAAACCAAAGACGGCUGUCAAUGAUGACCGAAACUCAGACUUUGUCAUUCCACAAGACCUAAGUGCUCUAAGUGUCACUGAUGUGUUGAAGUGUCUAAACGCUUUAAAUAUGAAGAAAUUUGAGGAUAUUUUCAGUGAACGCCAAGUCGAUGGAAACAUGCUCGUCUGCUUGGAUGAAGAAGCCAUGGAGUCGAUUGAAAUAGAUCGCUUCCAUCGUUUGAAACUCCUCAAAUUCAUUGCAGGUUGGAGACCACAGCUACACUGAUCGGACCACAUUGCAUCAUGAAUUGACUUAUUUAAAACCUUCGCCGCUGAUGCAAACUUCAAGUUUUGAAAACUCACACAUUUUAUUGCCCUAACGAAAUGCGUAGAGUAGAUAUUUCUGCUGGAAAUCUGUCGGGUUAUCUCCGUUAAAUGGCCACAAACAGCAACUUGACCCCAUACCGGUUAUGACGUUUUUGUUCAGAGUGUAUAGUUAAUUCUUGCCAACCGAUGUAUAAAACGUAGUUACUGCGCAGUGGCUCAAGGAUCCAGCUGAAGGUUAAAGAUCCUUUCAUAACAGGCCAGCGAAUUGCCAGCCUUAUCAAAUGUGAUAUGGCUUUGAAGCUAAGAAAAAAAACCAACCUUAUAAAAUGGCCAAAAAAGAUAAAAAAUUGUGAGAAAACAUAUAGAAAUGAAAUGCUGUGUGAUCAAUAUCCUUGAGCAUGUGCACAUGAGAAUUUUUCUUGGUGCCUCUUGAUGAUUGGAGCAAUCUUUCCGAUUCGAAGCUGGAUCGCGUGAUUCAUUUGAGCCAAAUCAUAAUUAGCAUGAAUAUUCUACUUGUACGCCAACAGCAAGAAUUAGACGCUUACAAUUUUCUCAGUGCUUGUAAAGGGCAAAAUUCGUGCAUUUUGACCGGCAUAUUUUAUGGGCUGCCCCUAAUUGAAGAGCCAUUUGUUAUGGUUGACUUUUGACAUGAAUUACUCAAUCAUGUCAAACAACAAUAAUCGACUGUAAGUGAUAUUUAUUUGUGCAGUAAAUUUCAUCUCAUUCAUAACUUGAUAUAAAAUUGAUAUAAGGUUAGUUUGGUAAACAUCUCUGGAGAAGUUUACCUUUAUAAUCAUGUUACACGGCGUCCAAAAAACGACAUAGCUUCAACUAUGAAUGAAAUGAUAACGACGAUUUAAAUCUCAUUCAAAGUG